UGCUCUUAGUUCUCGACGGAAGACUUCCCAGUAAACACUACGCUCAGGCGUUCUCGGACUCCGGACGGUUUAUUUACCUUCAUCUUACAAUUGUUAUUGUUAUUGUUGAAUACGCACGAAGAGGACAUCACGUUUUGGUGCGCCGAAGAGGUUCCAAAUACAAUGUCGACAAUGCAAACCGACGGUGUGACACAAUAAUUCCAAUUCAUAUUUUGUUUAAAGUGAUUCUAUUACGCCGGAAAAGAACAGGUUGUGUGUGGCAGAGGUCACCGGGGUUUGCUUCUGAAAGCUUCCCCUCCCCUAGAAGAUGAUGACGGCGACGACGACGCAAGUGGAUAUAAAUACGAUCGUAACAGCAUCAGUUAAACGCCGCGAUGACGUACAUUUUGAAGACCACACUUCUCCUCUCACUGCUCACGACACUAGCGCCACUCUGCUAUGGCCGGGAGCCGGGAGCAGCCGAGUACGAACCCAUCGAGGGUAUUUGCGGCCGAUGUGCGUGUGUAGUCCAUCGCAACGAUACCCGCUACUCGCUGCUGGAUUGCUCCACGCGAAACCUCACCCACAUGCUAGCCAGUUGGCCAGAGCUCUUUGGCAGUAACGAACGAACCGAACAGGAGAUCGUUUUUUCCCUCUCAGGAAACAACAUCCACUCGCUGCAGCAGCUCCCAGCGACGAACGCAUCGCUAGCGUUCAGCUGUCGGCACUGUAAUCUGACGGCGCUGGCUAGUGGACUGUUCCUGGAUGCACCCAACAUCAUCCGGUUGGAUCUGAGCUGGAACCAACUGACGGGGGAUGUUCUCCGGCCGGAUGUCUUCAGGGGGAUCUACACGGAGCGGGAGUACGAAUCGAUCGCACUUGACGAGCUUGAUUUGGGGAAUAAUUUGAUCGAGAAUCUAGAUGGGGCACUGUUCGAACAUAUGGUCCAUCUGAGGCGACUCUCGCUGACCCGGAAUCCAAUUGGGGAGAUCACAGAGGAUACGGCGCUGGCACUCGGAUCCAUCAGUCGGCUGGAGCAUUUGGAUUUGUCGCACACGGAGUUGGCUGAUAUUCCCCAUGGGAUUUUUGAAAGAAUCAGCGGCCUCAAGGAGCUCCUGGUUCAGGGUAAUCGGUUUACAACGGUGCCCAGCGCGAUUGCGCUGCUCAAACCAACGCUGGCUUUGCUGAAUGUAGGGGAGAAUCCGAUUCAAAUGUUGAUAGAUGAGAGCUUCUUCGAUUUGGAUCAUCUCACCCAUCUGAAUAUCAGUGGAAUGAGUAAGCUACAGGAUAUCGAAACAGGAACAUUCGCCGGUCUCAAAUCGUUGGAAGUACUGAUCUGCAGUCACAAUCGACAACUCCAAGAAUUCGACAUGAGCGAUCUCAAAGGACUUAUCCGUCUGCAUGAGCUUGACCUAUCCAGUUGUGGACUGCAACAUUUGCACCUGGACGAAACCAUCCCUGAGCACGACGAUAGCUCGGACAUCGCCCACAUCGAGGUGUUCCCCAAGCUCCGCUCGGUCCAGCUGGAGGACAAUCCGUGGCACUGCGACUGUGAGCUGCACCAGUCUGUCGAAUCAAUCAAACACAUCCUGGUGGACCCGGGCUUCCAGGCUCCUCUUGCCCGCUGCGAAACUCCCUACUACCUAGCGGCCGUCCCGCUGACGAGUCUCGGCGAACGUGCACUUUGCUCGGCUCCCCCAAAGCGAGUGCCCAAGAUACCGAUCUACGAAGCGCCAGCCUUCCUUAGACCUCGCUCGAUUGUACUCUCCAUCCUGUCGGUUGGAGUGGUGCUGCUGAUCGGAUUCGCCAUCGGUUUUGCAAUCGUUUGCAUCAAGCGGAAGCUAAAGGCGGCCGAUUUUGGGUUCACGUCUUCGCCCGUUCGAUACACGACGGUGCGCGAUAGCACAGCGUCAACGAUUCUGCAGCAACAAGCCUGAUACGGUAUAUUGAGGAGAAGUUCGAAUUUGUCUGUUCUAGUCCGUUUCUUCUAGUGUCCUAAGUUAGGUUUUAGUCAGAGAGAUAUGAAAAAAUAUAAGAUGUAGUAAAAACAGGAAGUGGGUUAUAUCUAUGGUAUAACUGCAA